CUAGCAGCACUGUCUCCCUUGACCCCGCCUACACAUGUGACUGAUCACAUGAUCAUUACAUCAUCAAAGGUCCUUUCCUCCCUGGGCUCUUGUAUCUAUUGAUCUAAGUUAGUGGUUCAUUAAGCGAGACAUUUUCCUGACUAUCCUUUUAAGAAUGGACAAGGACAGAAAACAUAUGGCUGAGAGAAUAUUAAGCCUGACCCUAGAGAUCAUCUACCUGCUGACUGGAGAGGAUUACAUAGUAGUGCAGAAGAUGACUGAGGAGGGUGACAUAAGGAGCAGGAAUAGGGUCCCUAUAAUGCUGCCUCCACCUCACUCAGGGAUGAAUGAGAGGAACAAUGAGCAGAAGAUCCUAGACCUCACCAACAAGAUCAUUGACCUGCUGACUGGAGAGGUUCCUAUUAGAUAUCAGGAUGUCACCGUCUAUUUCUCCAUGGAGGAGUGGGAGUAUUUAGAAGGACACAAGGAUCAGUAUGAGGACGUUAUGGAGAAUCACCAGACUCUCAUAUCACCAGCUGAAUCCAGUAAAAAAGAAACAUUAGAAAGAUGUCCCAGUCCUCCAUAUUCCAAGGAUUAUCCACAGGAAAAUCUGAAUAUCCCACAGGAUGAGAUUACAAACGUAAGCGAUAUAAAAACUGAAGACAUAUUAAAAGAAGAUGAGACAUAUGCUGCUGUGACCCAGCUAUGUAAGGAGAAAGAAAUUCCUACAGAUAACAGCAUUGAUGACUGUAUCAACACCACUUUGGAAAAUGCGUUAUCUCCUUAUUAUGAAGUAAACUACAACAGUAUCACAGAUGACAAUCAUGGAGAACAUUCUGCAGCACUUCUUACCACAAAUAUACCUUCAGUUCUUCGUAGCAGUGAUCUAUUAAUUGAUUCCACUAAUCACAAGGAACCUUCAUUUGUUCAACUACCGAUUGUUAACCACAGUACUGGAGAUUCAGGGAGUAAAUUAUUUCCCCAUUCUGAAUGUGGGAAACAUUUUGAAAAUAAAUCUAAUCUUUCUGUUCAUGAACGAAUUCACAGAGAUAAGAAUUCAUGUUCAGAAUGUGGGAAGCAUUUUAAAAAUAAAUAUAAUCUUUCUAUGCAUCAAAGAAUUCACAGAGAUGAGAGACCAUUUUCUUGUGCAGAAUGUGGGAAAAGGUUUCGCCAGAAAUCAGUUCUUUUUAAACAUCAAAGAAGGCACCGUGGGGAGGAGCCAUUUUCAUGUCCAGAAUGCGAUAAAGGUUUUCACCAGAAAUCAGAUCUUGUUGUACAUCAAAGAAUUCACACAGGGGAGAAACCUUUUAAAUGUUCUGAAUGUGGGAAAUGUUUUAUGCAAAAAUCAAGUCUUCUUAUGCAUCAGAAAAUUCAUACAGGGGAGAAACCAUUUUCAUGUUCAGAAUGUGGGAAAUGUUUUAGACAGAAAUCAGAUCUCAUUGUACAUCAAAGACGGCACAGAAAGGAGGAGAGAUUUUCAUGCUCAGAAUGUGAGAAAGGUUUUCAACAAAAAUCAGAUCUCAUUGUACACCAAAGAACUCAUACAGGGGAGAAACCAUACUUCUGUUCUGAAUGUGAAAAAUGUUUUACCCAGAUAUCAGCCCUUCUUGCACAUCAGAGAACUCAUACAGGGGAGAAGCCGUAUUUAUGUUCGGAAUGUGGAAAGCGCUUUGCAACAAAAUUGUGUGUUAUAGAACAUCAGAGGACUCACACAGGGGAAAAACCAUAUGCAUGUUCGGAAUGUGUAAAAUGCUUUAGCCACAAGUCAAGUCUUGUUAAACAUCGAGAAAUCCAUACAGGGGAGAAGCCAUUUUCAUGUUCAGAAUGUGAGAAAUGUUUUAUAAAGAAAUCAAGUCUUGUUAGACAUCAGAAGUGUCACACAGGGGAGAAGCCAUUUCCAUGUUCAGAAUGUGGGAAAUGCUUCACACAAAAAUCAAGUCUUAAUGAACAUCAGAGAAUUCACACAGGAGAGAAACCAUAUUCAUGUUCACAAUGUGAGAAAUGUUUUAGUUACAAGUCGGAUCUGGUUAAACACAAGAGAACUCACACAAAGGAGAAGCCAUAUUCAUGUCCAGAAUGUGGGAAAUGUUUUAGCCAAAAGUCUAAUGUUGUUAAACAUCAGCUAAUCCAUACAGGAGAGAAACCAUAUUCAUGUUCAGAAUGUGGGAAUUGUUAUAACCGUAGAUCAAAUCUUGCUCAUCAUAUGAAGAAAUGCCAUUUUACUGUUCAGACUGUAGCUAUGGUUUUACCUCCGAUAUACCCCUCCAACAUUCAGUCCCAAGUAAAACACAUCACUCACCUUUCUUCUGCCCCUCCAACAUUCAGUCCCAAACCUCCCGAGAGGCCGUAUACUCUUGGAUUUACUGCACUGAUAGGUAUUCAAAUGGACAAGGACAGAAAACACAUGGCCGAGAGAAUAUUAAACUUCACCCUAGAGAUCAUCUACCUGCUGACUGGAGAGGAUUAUAUAGUAGUGAAGAAUGUAACUGAAGAGGGUGAAGAAUGGAGCAGGAACCAGGAUCCUAUCAUGAUGUCUCCACCUCAUUCACUGACACAUGAGAGAGACAACUAUCAGAAGAUCCUGGACCUCACCAACAAGAUCACUGAGCUGCUGACUGGAGAGGUUCCUUUAAGGUGUCAGGAUGUGACGGUCUAUUUCUCCAUGGAGGAGUGGGAGUAUUUAGAAGGCCAUAAGGAUCAGUAUGAGGACAUUAUUAUGGACAAAUACCAGACUCUCUCAUCACCAGAUGAAUCCAGUAAGAAAGAAUCGCUGGAAAGAUGUUCCAAGAAUUAUUUAAAGGAAAAUCAUAAUAUCUUGCAGGAUCAUCAGGUGAAUGACCUAAAAUAUGGAGACCUGACAGAAAAAGAAGAGACAUAUGCCAGUGUGUCCCAGCUAUGUAAGGAGGAGGGCAUUCCUACAGAUAUCAGCCCUGGUGUGUUUUGUACAGAUGAAUCCGGUAAGGGAGAAACAUCAAAGGGAUGUCCAACUCCUCGAUAUUCAGAGUAUUAUCCAGAGAAAAAUCAAAAUGCCUCGCUGGAUCAUCAGGUUACAGCAGUGAGUGAUAUAAAAGUUGAAGAUAUAACAGAAGAAGAGACAUCUUCUGGAGUAACCCAGUUUUGUAAGAAAGAGAACAUUCUUAUAAAUGUCAACAGUGAUGACUACUCUAAAGACAUUUUGGGAAAUGUCCUUUUAUCUCCAGAUUACAAAGUAAGAUAUAACGAUAUCACAGAAGAUAAUCAUGGUAAACAUUACGCAACCCUUCUUACCACAAAUAUAUCUUUGGAUCUUCACAGCAGAAAUCUAUCAACUGAUCCCAUUAAUCACAAGGAACCUUCUUCUGGUCAAUCACAGAUUGUUAAACAAAGUACAGGAGAUAAAGGAAGUAAAAUAUUUCCAUGUUCUGAAUGUGGGAAACAGUUUAAAAAGAAAUCUAUUCUCUCUAUGCAUGAAAAAAUUCACAAAGAUGAAAGACCAUUUUCAUGUCCAGAAUGUGGGAAAAAUUUUAAAAGGAAAUCAAGUGUUAUUGAACAUCAGAAAACUCACAAGGAGGAAAGACCAUUUCCAUGUACAGAAUGUGGGAAAGUUUUUAAAAAGAAAUCUAUUCUUUCUAUGCACACGAGAAUUCACAGAGAUGAGAGGCCAUUUUCAUGUUCAGAAUGUGAUAGAAGCUUUCAACACAGAUCAGAUCUUAUUAUACAUCAAAGAUCUCACACAGGGGAGAAGCCAUAUUCAUGUUCUGAAUGUGGAAAAUGUUUCCGCCAGAGAGCGUACCUUGUUACACAUCAGUGGACCCACAGAACUGAGAAGCCACAUUCAUGUUCCGAAUGUGGAAAAUGUUUUAUGCAGAAAUCUAUUCUUCUUCUCCAUCAGAGAAUUCACACAGGAGAGAAGCCAUAUUCAUGUUCAGAAUGUGGGAAAGGUUUUAUGCAGAAAUCAGCCCUUGUUAUGCAUCAGAGAAUUCACACAGGGGAAAAGCCAUUUUCUUGUUUAGAAUGUGAAAAAUGUUUCCGCUAUAAAUCAGAUCUACUUGUACAUGAAAGAAGGCACAGAAAGGAGGAGCCAUUUUCAUGUCCAGAAUGUAACAAGGGAUUUCAACAGAAAUCAGACCUAAUUGUACAUCAAAGAACUCACACAGGUGAGAAACCAUAUUCAUGCUCUGAAUGUGGUAAAUGCUUUGCCCAGAGAUUUUCCCUGUUAGCACAUCAGAGAACGCACACUGGAGAGAAACCAUUUUUAUGUUCUGAAUGUGGGAAAUGUUUUAUGAAGAAAUCUGUCCUUGUUAUACAUCAGAAAAUUCACACAGGGGAAAAGCCAUUUUCAUGUUUAGAAUGUGGGAAAUUUUUUCUUCACAAAUCAUACCUUAUUAUACAUAAAAAAAGGCAUAGGAGGGAGCAGCCAUUUUCAUGUCCAGAAUGUGAUAGAGCUUUUUUACAGAAAUCAGCUCUUGUUCUACAUCAAAGAACUCACACAGGGGAGAAGCCAUAUUCAUGCUCUGAAUGUGGGAAAUGUUUUACCCAAAAAUCAACCCUUGUUAGACAUAACCUAAUCCAUACAGGGGAGAAGCCAUUUUCUUGUUCAGAAUGUGGGAAAUAUUUUAGUCAUAGAUCAGCAGUUGCUCAGCAUAAGAAGCGAAGCCAUUUUCAGACUGUAACAAAUGUUUUACCUCAGACCUAGUGCUGUAUGGAAAUUAGGGCUGCAACGAUUAAUCGAUGUAAUCGAUUAUAUUCGAUAACUGGAUUCGUUGUCGACGAAUCCAGUUAUCGAAUAAUCGCCGAUUCGUUGCUAUGCGGG